CUCCACCUAACCUCACUCAUAAUACUCCCCCUCCUUCUCCUUCUCCGACGACCUUUCUCCUUCAUCUGCGUUUGGUGAUCGUCGGUGGGCAUGGACCCUUACGCGUUCCUCAAGCUCUCCCCCAACCCCGACGGCUCCGUCACCCGCUCUCCUCCCCCGACCGCUCCCGCCUCCGCCGCCCCCGACUCCCCCGACCCUGCCCUCUCCAAGGACGUCCCCCUCGACCCCGCCCGCUCCACGUUCCUCCGCCUCUUCCUCCCCCGCGCCGCCGCCCCGCCCCCCCGGCUCCCCGUCAUCCUCUACUUCCACGGCGGCGGGUUCGUCCUCUUCAGCGCCACCUCGCGCAUGUUCCACGACUCCUGCUGCCGCACCGCGUCGGCCCUCGGCGCCGUCGUUGUCUCCGUCGAGUACCGCCUCGCCCCCGAGCACCGCCUCCCCGCUGCCUACGACGACGCCGGCGGCCUCGCUUGGCUCCGGUCGCAGGCGCUCGACGCCGGCGGCGGCGGCGAGCCGUGGCUGAGGGAGCGCGCGGACUUCGAGCGGUGCUACCUGAUGGGCAGCAGCGCGGGGGCGAACAUCGUCUACCACUCGGCCCUCCGGUCGCUGGACGUCGAUCUGGCGCCGGUCAAGAUCCGAGGGCUGAUAUUCAACCAGCCCUACUUCGGCGGGGUCCAGAGGACCGAGUCCGAGCUGCGGUCGGACAACGACCGGAUACUUCCCCUGCCCGCGAACGACCUCAUGUGGUCCCUGGCGCUGCCCCAGGGCGCCGACCGGUCCCACGAGUACUGCGACCCGACGGCCGACGGCGCAGCGGGGCGCGAGAAAGCCGGGCGGCUCCCGAGGUGCCUGGUGAGGGGGCACGCCGGGGACCCGCUCGUGGACCGGCAGAAGAUGUUCGCGAAGAUGCUGGAGGCGCGAGGGGCGCCGGUGACGACCAGUUUCGGCGAGGGCGGGUGCCACGGGGUGGAGCUGUUCGACCCGGCCAAGGCCCAGGCAAUGGUAGAGAUCAUAAGGGAUUUCGUGAACGUCGACUCGGUUAAAUCCACAAUGUGAAUCGAUGAACCGUGCGGCGGCCGCGGCGCGCGCACGAGAGUCGAAUUUUCGAUGCUCCGGCGACCGAUGCUCUAGGUGUAUGUGAAUCUUCCAAUUCUCGUUGUCUUUUAGGUCCGAGAGUUAAGUUGCACUUGACAUCUCUCCAUGCUAUAAAAUUUUCAAUUUCAAUGUCUGGUUCAUUGCCAUAGUUUACAUGUGCAGAUUUCAGUAUAAUGUUCAUCGUCAUAUUUAUA